AUGGCCAUUCCCCAAUGUUAUCGCUGUAAAGUUCGGUCGCUCGAAUGUUGCUAUCAGACUCUACCCUCCAAACACAUUCCGCACACGGAUCGUGAUUCCAUCCGCCAGGGAAUACAGACCUCUUCUGUUGAUUCUAUCAAUCUGCCUUCCCAUUCCCUUCUUAGCUACGACGCUUCUGAAGAUCGUGUCGGUAAUUCUCUGGAUCCGUUGGCAGACGACUUACUCCCAUCUUUCCCUGAUUACCACCUCGACUGGCAAGAUGCGAUGGCAAACUUGGAAAGCUUUUCUGUCCCUGACUACUUAACGAUAAACGAUGCACCAAGCAGGAGUGUGCUAUCGGGCGAAAUAUACCAGCAACGAAUUGUAUACGCUGUUCAACGGUUGAGAUCAUUUCCUGCUUCCUUUGUUUCAACUGGGCGAACGGCUUUUAUCCACCAGAGUCUCUACGACAAGUACACGCCCCAGACACUUGGAGACACCAUGGCAGUUUGCGCAUUGUAUGACAGAAAGUCCUAUGCAACCCAGCUUUUGAUCUUUCGUAUUAUUAGCCAGCAUGCUAGUCGCUUAGUGGAAGAACUUGACCGGCUUGGCUCUUCUACUCUGGACCUUCUAGCUUCGGUUCAGGCUUUGACACUUGUUCAAAUCAUCCGCCUUUUUGACGGGGACAUUCGCCAGCGCGCUGAUGCCGAACAAACUCAGCCGGUUUUUGUCGAUAGCGUUCGGCGUCUCCAACAACAUAUGCUGGAUAUUGAUGAUGAUUGGCAAAAUACAGUGACCUCAUCUCAAAUGUCUGGUGCCGAUCCAUAUGACAGCUGGCUAUAUGCCGAAAGCUUGCGGCGAACUAUUAUCAUGGGAUAUACGUUGCAAGGGUUGUAUUGUUUUCUCAAGAAUGGAUGGGAUGACUCACAUCAUGAAUUUGAGAAUUUAUCGUUUUUCGGGCAAAAGGCGCUUUGGCUCUCAUCUUCAAGCUUCCAAUGGGAAUUGGCUCUCAAAAACACCCAUGCACUCCCGAUCCGAUUCUCAACGUGGGAUGCAGAUAUUGCGUGUGCCAACCCAGAAGAUAUCGAGGAUCUCGGGAUGGUAAUGAUGGCCCUGAUAAAAGGGGUUGAUCAUUGCUGUCACUGGGUUGGAGGUCGAUUUCUCAGUCUAUUCGGUCUCCAACAGUAA